AUGGCCGUGGUGACAUUGCGCAACUUGAUGGACCGUUGGAGCGAGGGAGAGGUGGCCAUUCUUGAGCUCAUGGAGCAAAGCUGCAAUGGUCUGAGCCAGGAGGGCGCCGAAGACGAGGCCAUAGCUGUAUCCCUGGUGGAGGAUGCGCGUCGGCUUUGUCGGCAUUGCAUCUCCGGGGCCGGCGAGGAACGGCGGGUUUCAUCCAUGGUGCUGGCCGCUAUGGCCUCCGGAAGGUCGACGCCGCUGCUUCAUCGCAUGCUGCUGCACACAUCGGGAGAGACGGUGCCCCUGCAAGAGGAGCUAGAGGCUGCCGCGCUGCUUUUGCUGCAUGAGGUCCAACGAUUUCAACAGGCUUUGAAGCAGAUGGGCCGCGCUCUGCCAAGUUAUGCGCUGCCCUUUGAUAUGGCCUUGGCUGCUGCGCAUGCCUGCGGCGUUCUUCAAGGACUCACGAUCAAGGCGCGGCACCGUUGGCCACGUCCGGUGCAUGUUUAG